AUGGGGGCUGUGCAUGAGCCCUUCGUCUUCCCCGCAGACACCACUGGUGCUUGCUCGGCCUCGCGGGUGAUGCGGGGGGCACGGGGGACAGUCCUGUGUCCCCACCUUCUUGGGCUGCAGACAGGCCACGUUGGUCCUGUGGUGACUGGGGGCUCCCAGGAGAACCCCACCACAGAACCGGAGAGGUGGCCCCAGAGGAGGUGGCGUAUGCCUGGGGCCGGGCCUCACCAGCGAGCCACGGGCCACCUGCAGCAACAGGCGUCUCGCCGUCCAGGGGCUGGGUGUUCGGGCGCCGUGGGGAUGAGCUGCUGUCUGCACUGCAGCCGAGUUUGUAUUGUUGAGCCCGGGGAGGCCCCUGGGUGGCUCCUGGAGAUCCUGGCCACAUUUCUUCCUGCCCUUGGCCUUAGAGCCCAUCACGAGACCUGGCCCGGGGCCCCACGGGGAGGGCAUGGCCCACGGUCCCCAGCGCCGGCCGGCUCUGGGUUCCAGGAGAACUGCACGAUCCUCGGGGAGCUGGUGAGGCUGCAGGGCCAGAAGUCCUGCCUGCUGGGGUUCAGCACGCGUGCCGACUCCGUGCUGGAGAUGAACAUGGCCAAGACCAGCCAGGUGGUGGCCACUUUCCUAGAUGAGCUGGCCCAGAAGCUGAAGCCCCUCGGGGAGCAGGAGCCCGUGAUCCUGGAGCUAAAGAAGGCCGAGUGCCAGAGGCGGGGCCCGCACUUUGACAGGCCCAUCAACGCCUGGGACCUGCGCUACUACAUGAACCAGGGGGAGGAGACGCGCUACCACGAGGACCAGUACCUGCUCAAUGAGUCCUUCCCCACGCAGGUGGUCAUGCGCGGGCUGCUGGGCAUCUCCCAGGAGCUGCUGGGGCUGACCUUCGACCUGGAGGACGGCGCCAACGUGUGUCACGAAGACAUGAGGCUCUACACGAUCCGGGAUGCGGCCUCAGGCAAGGUCUCCAUCGGCAAGUUCUACCUGGACCUCUACCCUCGGGAAGGGAAGUCCGGGCACGCGGCCUGCUUCGGCCUGCAGCCGGGCUGCCUGCAGCAGGAUGGGAGCCGCCAGAUCGCCAUCGUGGCCAUGGUGGCCAACUUCACCAAGCCCACGCCCGACCCGCCCUCCCUGUUGCAGCACGAUGAGCUGGAGACCUACUUCCACGAGUUCUGGCAAGCGAUGCACCAGCUCCGCUCCCAGGUGGGUACGGGCGCAGGGCUGCGGGCAGGGGCCGGGGAGGGCCCGGGCGCGCGUGGUCCUCAGGCAGGCCCUCGCCACGGGAUUCUUCCGCUGAUGUCACCCCGCACGUGGCGACGCCCUCGGUGUCAGCUUCCAUCAUCAAAGCCCACGCACUGGGCGCGUAACAACAGAAAUGUAUGUCCUCGAGACUCUGGAGGCUGGAAGCCCCAGAUCAAGGAGUCAGGACUGGUUCCCUGCAUGUUAAGUACAUGUACUCAACAGUUGCCUUUAAAAAAGACAAAAGAAAAGAAAGGCACGUUGCAUGCAAGUCUGGUGACAGGCGGCGAUGAGAACCAGAGGGAAGGCUCUGGGGCCGGGAGCGCCGCGCCCUGUGAGGCCCUGGGGCUGCUGCCAGUCUCCGUGGAGGCUCAGCAAGUCCCAGUGACUUCCCCACGGGGGGGCCCCCAGCUCAGCGUCUGGGCCCAGGACCCACUGCUCGUUCAGUCUUCCUGCAGUCAGCCCUUCGUCCUGAGAGCGAUGCUCUCACAGGCUGCACCGGAGCGCUCUCGGUGGGGCACGGGCAGUGCCAUCCCCCAGGGGCUGCGGGACAAGCUCAUCAAGUCCCGGCAGGCCAACCCAGGUGCAGCAGGCUCGAGGGAAGGGAAGGGGGCGCCCGGACCGCCCGGCUGGAAAGCGCGGCCUGGGCACAGUGCCAUCCCCUCAUCUCCUUCCUCCCGCCCCCCAGGCCUCUUCAACCUGCGCCAGAUCGUCCUGGCCGAGGUGGACCAGGCCCUGCACACGCAGACGCCCGCGGACCCGGCCCAGGAGAAUGCCUGCCUCUGCCAGGAGAUCCUCGGGGGCCCAGCCUUGCCAGGGACCCACCUGCCUGCGACCUUCGGCCGCCUGACAGGAAGAUACAGCGCCCAGUCCUAUGGCUACCUGUGUAGCGAGGUGUACUCCGCGGACACGUUCCACACACGCUUCAAGCAGGAGGGCGUCCUGAGUGGCAAGGUGAGAGGCCGUCCUGCCGUGCAGACCAACACGGAGGUCCUUGGCCUGGGCCUAGAUGCUUGUGCCGCCCGCCUGGGCCUGCCAGGCUCUGAGGGCCCUGCCCUGGACCUCCUGCUCCCCUGCCCUUUGUUCAGUCACAGCAGAGGUGGCCACACCCACACCCUCAGUGAAGGCGGAGCUCCACCCUCCUGCAGCCCCGCCCCCUCUCGGCAGGUUGCCAUGGACUACAGAAGCUGCAUUCUGAGGCCAGGUGGCUCCAAGGAUGCCAAGGGCAUGGUGAAGCUCUUCCUGGGUUGCGACCCCACACAGGAUGCCUUCCUCCUGAGCAAAGGGCUGCAGGUUGAGGGCUGCAAGCUGCCGGCCUACUGAUGGCACGGGGUUCUGCCCACCCAGGUGGGCCUGGUGCCUUAGCGCCCCGCCAGGGCAGGGGAGGGGCCGCGUGUCCUCCCAGCCCCUGAGUCCCUGGCGGCCAGCCUCGGCCAAAAGUUUCCACCUGGACG